AUGACGCAAAAAGGUAUAGGUGUAUCGAAUCUUCCGAAUGUGAAAUACCGAAGCUUUUGUAAAGCAGGUAUAGACUUCAACAUAAUGCUGGUUGGCUCAAACGGCCUGGGAAAGACAUCCUUCAUCAACCAAAUGCUUGGAGACUCUGUUCUAUCCUCUGAUCCUUUUCUGAAGCCUGAUGAUGAGCAGCAGAGCAAUGACUCCACUAAAGUAUCCGAUAAAGACGGUUGCGAGGAGCAGGAAGACAAGUAUUUCCAUAGGAACUCUCUUAUUAAUAUCCAGAUAUCCAAGUUCUUUGUGAUGGAGAAAGACUUCCAAACAAGAAUUACUAUAGCUGAGAUAGAUGGAGUAGGUGACAAUGUUUGCAACCAUGAAUGCUGGGUUCCGAUUGUUGACUUGAUUCAGGAUAAUUUCAAAGAUUAUUUGGAGCAAGAGAGAAGGAAUGUCAGGCCUCUGAUAAAGGAUAAGAGAUUCCAUGUAUGUCUUUACUUCUUAGAGCCAAAUCCAUCGCAUGUGAAGUUGGUAGACAUAAAGACGAUGAAGGAGAUAUCGAAGAUGUGCAAUUUAAUUCCGGUUGUUGGGAAGAGUGAUCUUCUGAGUGACAUUGAGAGACAGGAGUGCAGCAAUAGGAUUGCAGAAGCCUUGUACAGGGAGAGUAUCGAUGUCUUCCAUUUAGAUGUACCUGACAAGGAGAGGAUCGGCAAAUCUGAGUACCCCUUUUUUGUUAUUGCAAAAAGCACGAUCCCCGAGGAUAAUAACGGCUGCAGCAGAGAAUACCCAUGGGGAACAAUGAUCCUCGAGAAGGUGGUAAGUAACGACUUUUAUCUUUUGGUCGACAUCUUAAUAGCAAAGAACCUUAUAAAGCUUGUUGAGGCGACGGAAAUAUUCUAUGACGAUUACAAAACUAAAGAGAUUGGCCGAUCCAUAACAAACAAGUCAGGAGCCCUCGGGGAAGAUGACAAGAGAUUAACAAGGGAAAUUCAGAAGAAAAUCAAAGAAGACGAAAAGACCAUUGCAGAGAUAAGGCAAAAGUUGAUAGAGAAAAAAAAGUACUACGAAUCAAAGUUGCUUGAGAUUUCAGUCAGUCAUGAAAACGAAAAAUAA